AUGUUGUCGCUCUCUAUUCUAACGGCAUUGCUCGCUGUGCUCUCAAACGCACAGCAACUCCGCUCCGACUCUGGUAUCGCAGGCCCAUCACUCGAAAUUGUGCACCUAUACCACGACCAAUGGCCAACCGGCAUCACCGUGUCCAAGACCGGGCGGAAAUUCUCAAACUACCCCUCAGGCCUCGAUGCCAACAACACCAACACAGGCACCAAUAGCAACAAGAAGCACGCCGUCGCCGAGCUGCUCGCCAACGGAACCGAAAUCCCAUAUCCAAAUGCUGGAAUCAACAGCCCUCCCACAGGCGCAAUCAACUACACCGUGUCGCCGCCCGUAGGCGCAAACUACGCCGACUACCUACUCGGCGUGCAAAGCGUUGUUCUCGACGCGCAGGACCGGCUCUGGAUCCUGGAUACAGGGCGCGCACUCACACCGGAUGGCGUGCUCGUCGCAGCAUCUCCCGGCGGCGCGAAACUCGUCUGCGUAGACAUCUCGUCCAACACGGUGAUGCAAACCAUUGUCUUCCCACCUACAGUCGCAUACCCGACAUCGUAUCUCAACGACGUGCGGUUCGACCUACGGGCCCCAUUAACAGCGUCUGGAAAAGGCGUAGCCUACAUUACCGAUUCCUCGAGCGAAGGCCGCAACGGCAUCGUGGUCGUGGACCUGGGCACAAAUGACUCCUGGCGGCAUCUCGACGGUAUCCCAGAGACGCGUGCGGAACCGGGGUUUGUGCCGUAUGUAUGGGGGCACCCGCUGUACUAUAUUCCUGGUCCGGGGAUGCCGCUGGCUACAGUCCCGCUUGGCAGCGAUGGCAUUGCGCUGACGGCAGAUGGCGCGGAUCUGUAUUUUGGACCCGUUGGCGGCAGAGCGCUGUACAGUGUGCCGACGGAGCGGCUGCGGGAUCGCGGGCAGAGCUCUGAAUUGAGGGCGCGCGCCGCGCUGAGUCGGCGUGGGGAGAGGGGCGUUAGCGAUGGGUUUGAGACGGAUACCAAUGCGUUGAUAUAUGCGGGGAAUAUGGAGCAGAAUGCGAUUGGCGUGUAUGAUGCUGCGAAUGCUUCCAUGGGUGUUUUUGUCAGGGAUCCGAGGAUUAGUUGGGUGGAUACGAUGUCGGUGGGAAGCGAUGGGUACCUUUAUUUCACAGACAACCAGCUUGCGUUUAGCUCGUCGUUUUACCCAGGGACGGACCGCAGAAAGAGGCCGUUUGUGCUGUUUAGAGCGCCGCUGCCGAAUAAUGGGUCAAGAGUGCUUUUGCAAUAG